AUGCGCAUUAUUCAACGUCCGCUUGUUAAUAGUUCCCCAAUGCAGCUAGCAGGAUGGAGCUCGGUCUUGGCAGUCACGGCUGUGGGGCCGCCCCUGCCAAAAUCUGGGGUCCAGGGCGACCAAAGACGACGGGAGAUGGGCGCGUCAAGAUGCACCGGCACCCCGAGCCUCGGCAACCCCAAGCUACCCCAUCUCGAACCGCACCCAACUUGGCUUCACGACAGGGCUGAUGCUCCGGCUUUACCGACUGGGUGCCGCCAGCAGUCAGUAUCCAAAUCGGCUAAUGGAGCUGGUGCUGUGCUCCUCCAACCUCAUAUAACCUCUAUUCCCAGCAUCAGCCAUCUGGCUCCCCCCCGGCCUCUCAUCGCCCUCGCCCAAAACAACCACAUUUCCAGCAUCGCCACCGCCAAAAUGCCCGUUGAUCCCAAGCUUCACGUUGACGAAUCCAUUCCCUGGAGCGAGCCGGCGUGGCUGCGCGGCGUCCACUCCCCCUACUACACAUCCACACACCGCGAGUUGCAGCGCGCCGUCAGGCAGUACGUCGACACGCACCUCCUCCCCUCGGCCCUCGAAUGGGAAGAGAAGGGCGAUGUGCCGCCGGAAGAAGCAGAGCGCUUCUGCAAGUCCGGCAUCCCCUUUGUAGAUAUCCCCGAGCCCUACCGACCCGCAGACAUCCCCAACAUUGGCGGCAUUCCGCGCGCCGAACUCGACGCGUUCCACUUUCUCAUCAUGAGCGACGAAAUGUCCCGUGUGGAGGGGGGCGUGGGCAUCGCGCUGGCCGGCGCCUCGUCCAUUGGUGCGCCGCCCAUCGUCAACUGCGGCACGGAGGAGCAGAAGCGGAAAUGGCUCCCCGGCCUCUUCACCCGCAAGACCAACUUCUCCCUGGGCAUCACCGAGCCGUCGGGCGGCUCUGACGUGGCCCGCAUCAAGACGACUGCCGAGAAGACGCCCGACGGCAAGUUCUACAUUGUCAACGGCGUCAAGAAGUGGAUCACCGGCACGCCCUGGGCCACGCACAUGACCACGGCCGUGCGGACGGGCAGGCCCGGCAUGAAGGGCGUCUCCCUGCUGGUCAUCCCCAUGGACUCGCCGGGCAUCAUGCACCAAAAGAUCCAAAACUCGGGCCAGAACGCGGGCGGCGCCUCCUUUGUCUACCUGGAGAACGUCAGGGUGCCCGUCGAGAACCUCCUCGGCGAGGAAAACGAGGGGUUCAUGAUCAUCAUGAAGAACUUCAACAAGGAGCGCUUUCUGCUGACGGUGGGGUGCAACCGCAAGGCGCGGUCGUGCCUGGCCAUGUCCUUCCAGUAUGCCAUGAAGCGCGAAACCUUUGGCAAGCCCCUGAUCGAGAACCAAGUCAUCCGCAGGAAGCUCUCGGAGAUGGCGCACAGAAUCGAGGCCCAUUGGGCGUGGCUGGAGCAGCUGGCGUACCAUAUCAAGUGCUCGGAUCUCGGCUGGGAGGACCCCCAGAUUGCGAGCAGAGUUGCGCUGUUGAAGGUGCAGGGCGGCCAGUUGAUUGAGCUGGCCGCCAGGGAGGCAGCGCAGAUCUUUGGUGGCGCGGGCUACAUGAAGGGCGGACCGGGCGCGGCUGUCGAGCAGAUUAACCGGGAUUUGCGGAUGUUGGUUGUUGGUGGUGGAAGCGAGGAGAUUAUCGCCGACUUGGCAGUGAGGCUGGAGCUGGCCAUGAUGGGAGGGUUGGGAGGAGCGAAAUUAUAA